CAUGCAUACUAGCCGCCACGCAUUGUGAUUUUGGUGUUGACGAUGACUGUUAAGUUUUUAGAUAUCGUCAAGCCGUUUUGUGCAAUCCUACCGGAGAUCUCCCGUCCUGAACGGAAGAUUCAGUUUCGAGAACGGGUGUUAUGGACGGGAAUAACUCUAAUGAUAUUUCUGUUUUGUUGCCAAAUACCACUUUUUGGCAUAAUGUCGUCUGAAUCUGCCGACCCUCUCUACUGGCUUCGAGUGAUUUCUGCGUCAAACAAAGGAACACUUAUGGAACUUGGGAUAUCUCCAAUCAUAACAUCUGGUCUAAUUAUGCAGCUUCUUGCUGGGAUACAAGUGCUCUCUGUUGGUGAUGCACCGAAAGACAGAGCUUUAUUUAAUGGAGCUCAGAAAUUAUUCGGUAUGGUUAUAACUGUUGGUCAAGCUUCUGUGUAUGUUAUGUCCGGAAUCUAUGGUGCACCAAGCGAACUAGGUGCAGGAAUUUGUCUGUUGAUAAUCUUCCAGCUAACGUUUGCAGGUCUUUUGGUUUUGAUGUUGGAUGAACUUCUCCAGAAAGGUUAUGGUUUGGGCUCUGGUAUAUCUUUGUUUAUUGCAACUAAUAUUUGUGAAACUAUUGUGUGGAGAGCAAUAAGCCCUACUACGAUUAACACUGGACGAGGUACGGAGUUCGAGGGUGCUAUAAUAUCGCUUUUCCAUCUACUGGCCACUCGUACAGAUAAAGUUCGUGCAUUAAGGGAAGCGUUUUAUCGUCAAAAUCUGCCAAAUCUAAUGAACAUACUUGCAACUAUUCUUGUCUUUGCUGUCGUCAUUUACUUCCAAAGCUUCAGAGUAGAUAUUGCAGUCAAGUCAAUCCGAUAUCGUGGGCAAUCAACUUCAUAUCCAAUCAAACUUUUCUACACCAGUAAUGCCCCGAUCAUGCUUCAAAGUGCACUUGUCUCUAAUCUUUAUGUAAUGUCACAAAUGUUAGCUAGCAAGUUUCGGGGUAACUUCAUUAUCAAUCUUUUGGGUGUUUGGUCGGAUGGUGAAGGUGGUUCUCGAUCUGUACCUAUCGGAGGAUUGUGUUACUACAUGACACCUCCAGAUUCCUUAGGAGAUAUGCUAGUGGACCCCAUACACGGCAUUUUGUAUAUUGCUUUCAUGCUUGGAAGCUGUGCGUUUUUCAGUAAAAUAUGGAUCGAUGUCUCAAAUUCCAGUGCUAAAGAUGUAGUUAAACAGCUCAAAGAACAACAAACUGUCGUUCCAGGACAUCGGGAGAAUUCAAUGGUGCAUGAGUUGAAUCGUUACAUUCCAACAGCAGCCGCACUUGGUGGUCUAUGUAUCGGCGCUCUUUCAGUAUUGGCAGACUUCCUAGGUGCUAUUGGAAGCGGAACAGGUAUUCUCAUGGCUGUCACAACAAUCUACCAAUACUAUGAAGUAUUUGUUCGAGAGCAAAGUGAGAUGGGUGGUUCUAUGAGCUCUUUGUGGUUAUAAGGAAAUAUCACAAGUCUUUCUUAUGUAUUCAAAUCUGUUUUCGUUAUGUGUUCCAGUCUGCUACAUGUAAAAUGAUUGAGUGGUUAAAGACAUUGUAUACUAAAAGGCUUUAAAAAGUCAACAUAUUUUGAUUGUAUAUUUUAGCAUUUCUUUAAACCAGUAGUUAUUGGUCAUCAUUCACAUAAUAAUAAAUGUUUGGUUUUUUCUGUGCAGUAUUUAUGUCCUAAUAUCACUCCAACAUGUACAUUUUGAUCAUUACCUACUGCUUUGCACCUUUAAUUUGUGAUCAUUAAACGUUUCAUGCUUUC